GUCUGAGUUCGACCUCGUCUCACAAUGGUUCCAUUUUGAUUCCACUCGGUUUUUAUUUUCACUCACUUACGUCGUUUUAAUUUUUUUAAGCAUUUUUAUUUACAACUAAAUAAUUUUCCUUUUUAUUCCGUAUUUCCAUAACCCAUUAAAAUGGCUGAUAAUAAGGUCAAACCUAAAGAAAUUCCAAAUUACAUGAAAUUUGUAAUAGGUGGUUGUGCAGGGAUGUCAGGUACCCUUUUCGUCCAACCUUUGGAUUUGGUUAAGAAUCGAAUGCAGCUGAGUGGUAUAGGAACAGCGAAGAAAGAAUACACGUCCAGUUUUAAUGCCAUUUCCAAAAUAUUCAGAAAUGAAGGUUUAUUCGCUUUUUACAAUGGUCUAUCAGCUGGUCUCCUGAGGCAGGCAACUUACUCCUCGACAAGACUGGGAGUUUACACAUGGCUUUUUACCAAAUUUUCAAACACGGAUGGUACGCCACCAUCAUUCCUUGUAAAGGCUGGACUCGGUAGUCUGGCUGGUAUUUGUGGUGCAUUUGUUGGCACUCCAGCAGAAAUAGCUCUGAUCCGAAUGACAGCGGAUGGGAAAUUGCCACCUGCGGAAAGGCGGAAUUACACUAAUGUGUUCUCAGCGUUGGCUCGAAUCACUCGAGAAGAAGGUUUCUUUACACUAUGGAGAGGAGUGAUCCCAACCAUGGGUAGAUCUGUGGUUGUUAAUGCAGUGCAGCUUGCUACAUAUUCGCAAGCCAAAGAGCUACUGGAGAAAACUGGUUACUUUACCGAAGGAAUAUUGUUACAUUUCUGUGGUAGUAUGAUUUCUGGCUUUUUUACAACUGUAGCAUCAUUGCCUGUUGAUAUUGCAAAAACUAGGAUUCAAAAUAUGAAAAUGAUUGAAGGAAAACCAGAAUUCAGUGGCACAUUCGACGUUUUUGUAAAAUUAGUUAAAAAUGAAGGUGUAUUUGCAUUGUGGAAAGGAUUCACCCCAUAUUAUGCCCGAAUAGGGCCCCAUACAGUGUUGACGUUUAUAUUUUUGGAACAAUACACCAACUUAUUCAAACAAUAUUGUAUGGAUUGAAGAACCGAUUCCAACGGUUUCGAUUAAUGUUUUAACCAUGACCCACUUCGAGCGGAGUUUUGAAGAGGCUAACAUAGCAUUAAAUGGUUUUAUACAAUUAUUUAAAAUUAAUUUUAAUUGGAAGAAAUAAAUGACCCUUGGUUUUUAGGUCAGCAUAAUGGAUAUUUUAAUUAAUUUUUUAUAGUCAAAAUAUUGAAAACAGAAAAAUGACUUAUUAUUGCACUUAUUCAGUUUCUACCAUUCCGCUGUAAAGUUUUAAUUUAAAUUGUAAAUUAUUUUAAAUUGUACAGUCAACGGGAGGUACCUUCUUGAGAUGAGGAUAUAUUUUCUUCCAAUAUUUUAAAAGUACAAAAUAAUUUUAAAAACUAAAUGGAUUAUUAAAAACAAAAUAUAAGAGGUUAGAAUAUUGCUUGUAAUUUUUUUGAGUUGACUGAGAUUUAUACAAAAAAUAAACAUAAUUGCGAUAGUAAAAGAUAAAAAAUCCAGUAUUGUGUAACUUUAUUAUUACGAAUUACACAAUUUAGAAGCAGUGCUUAAGAUUUUAUAUGCAAACUUAUCAUUGAUAGUUACUAAAAUUGGCCCAAAUGUUGCAUUUGUGAUAAAACAGGGAUCGUUCAAGUUCUUAAUUUAGAAAUUAUUUUGAAUAUAUUCCUUCAAACGUAGAAGGUUUUUAUAGAUUGCUGUAUUUAUUUAUUAAAAAGUACUGUUUUGCCAUGGCUUUAAAAUGUAGUCUUUCACUAGUUAUUGUUUGGAAAGUAUUGGGUGUGGUAAGAAAAAAAAAAAUAUUCGGGACGUGUAUAGUGCAUUUAUAGACUAAAAGGAAUUCAAAGCUGCCAGUUCCUAUUUUAAACUAUUCUUUAUAACAGACCUAGACAUUUUGAAAAUAAGUAUUAUAGUUAACAUUUAUAAAUUUAUCAAAUUUUAUUUUCUGUAUUACAAAAAAAUUUUAACAAAGGCACAAGCAAAUGAAAGGACAUAUAUGGCCAGUGUUUGUUAAGUGGUUUGUAGUGUUAAAAGUUUUGUUGAUUUUUUUAAAAUAUAUAUAUUUUUGUUAAUUUUGAUUGAAUAAUAAAUUUUACUUGAUAAACAUUUUUUAUUAAUUUUUAUUGUCAAUUACACGUUAGUUUUCCUUAACGUAGUGACAGAUAUGCUUGUCACUAUUUGAGCAAGUGAGUAUCAAAGCAAUAUGUUAUUACUAAUUGCAUAAAUAAUGUCAAUGCAAGUGGUGUGACGCAUUUAGGUGCAGAGUACUUCAUCCAAAUGGAUAAACAAUUGCUAUUUUAAAUAAUUAUUUAUGGUGAGCGUAAAUCUGCUCUGUUUAGUAUAUUUAGAAAAGAUUUUUAUGAUCUUGCGAGGUAAAGUAUCUACCUUUGGGGUUAGAAUACAGUUGGUUACGUUUUUUGGAGAGAGUGGAGAAAGUGGUAUAAAGAAAAAUCCGUGCAUUAAGGUGCUGUCAUUUAUCCUUGAAAUAAAUUAUAUCUUAAUUAAUUUAACUCUAGACAGUCUGAUAGAUAAGGGUAGGCCAGAACUAAGACUAAUCCCUGAUCAGCAUUAAAUAUAUAUUACUUAAUUUAUUUUAUUAGGAACAACUUUUUCUAUCAGUUAAAAGCAAUUAAACUAGUAUCUGCCAAAGGAUGAAUUCAUAUUAUAUAAUAUUUUCUAAUUAUUAAAAUUGAAUGUUAAUUUAUGCAGAGUAAUGUAUUAAAAGCAAAGAUUUACAGCAAAUACCAAUCUAAUUAUUAAUAUAAUUAGUUAGUUCUUGGGGAUAAUUCGCAUAGUCGUCAGUGAACAAUUGACAAUAUAAUAUGGAAAUAAGUUAAUACAAUUUAUUAUGAGAGGGAAGAAUUAAUUUUUUUUCUUUGUUUAAUUAUAAUGGUACAUUCAAAAUAACAAACAAACAAAUUUGUUAGAAUUACCAAUAACCACAUUUUUGCUAAAAAUUGUCUAAUCUCUGUAAUUAUAUUAUUUUUUUUUUUUUAGGGAAUUUAGAAACCUUAUUAUCAUGAUACAUUCUAUUUAUUUCCUUGAGUUAGAUUAUUUCAAUAAAAAUUUUAGAUAUUUGUACAGAAGUUUGCUGCAAGUAUUACUUUGUUAAUAAUUAAAUACUUAAAUAACACCAGUUAAUUAUUGGAAAAUGUAAUAUGAGAACAAUUCUAGCCCAAGCUCUCGUUUAUGCAGAUGAUAUUGUCCUCAUAACAGACUCAUCCGCAAAAUAACAGCAAGCAAUUGUGGAAUAGGAAGCUGAGCUUGAGAGAAAAGGAUCAUAAACAGAGAAAAAAAGUAAGAUUAUGCAGAUAGGUCGAGAAAUCGAAGACAUACAAAUAAACUGUAGGGGUGAGAAUCUGGAGUUGGUAGAGGAAUAUUCAUACCUAGGGAUAGUUGUUGGUAGAAAUGGAAAAAUAGACCAACAGAUAUCAAACAAGAUCAAAAAUAUCCUCUAUUACCAGAUGUGCAACACGGUCUUAGAAAAACGAGAGGUGGAAAAUAUAACUAAGAUCCAUGUAUACAAUACACUCUACCCUCCAACCCUAUUGUACGGUAGUGAGAGCUGGGUCCUUCUAGAUAGGCACAAAAGUAGACUUACUGCUGCUGAAAUGAAAUAUUUGAGGAGAGAAGCUGGUCGAACUAGAAGAGAUUGCAUAUGAAACGAACGGAUUAGAGAAAAUGUUAAGGUGCCACCAAUGCUGGAAACCGUGGAAAACAAAACGCUCAAAUAGUUCGGCCAUGUUAUGAGAAUGGACGAGGACAGGGCCACAGGAAAGAGGCCAAGAGGACGUCCACGGAAAACUUGGAUUGAGGAAGUGACCAAGCUCAGACAGAAAAGAGACGAACAGUUGGGUCAUAUGAGAGACCUGGCAAGAGACCAUAAUGAUUGGCAUAAAUGGGUGGAGGCCCCUCCACGCUGAAAGACACUAAUGAGGAAGACAAAGAAGAAGAAGAAAUAACAUCAGUGAGAAGAUAUUUAAUGUAAAUAUGUACAGUGUAUCUAUGAAAGUACUUUAUUUUAUUGCUGUUUAUCAUUUAAAUAAUAAUUUUUUUAUUUUCUCUUUUCUGUCACUGCC